UGAGUGGCCAUACUUUACCUCAAGCAGCCAUCUAACAUCCAGCAUGAAUCUGGUGACGAAAAUCAGCACACUGGUUGUGGUGACUUUAUCCUUUCUCUGCUUUGUGGAGGGUCUGAUAUGUAAUCACUGUAGGAAUUCAAAAAAUUCACAAUGUCUAAGUGAAGCAAAGAGAUGCACUACAAGUCCUGGUGGAUCAUGUUCUACCACAUCAUAUUUUGUGGGCCAAAAACAUUUGUACUCAAAGCAUGAGUGCUUGAGUCACUGCGAGGAAAGACACGAGUUCAAAGGAGAUAAAUUGGUUUACAUAAUGUGCUGUGAAAAAAACUUGUGUAAUAGUUUCUAGAUGGAGAAGAAUUACCUGAAGAAAACCAUCUUCUGUUCAAGAUCCAAACUUACAAAUGAAUCAAGAUGAGGAACUUGCUUUCCUACUCUGUUUCCACACUGGCCUGAGAUCCCUGAGAUAGUAACAGAGGCUACGUCCUCAUUUCAAUGAAAGAUUUCUUGACCACACCAUUAGACCACUGCAAAAAAAACAAUCCCAUGCUUACCAUGUUAUUUUACAGUGUCCAUGUUAUAGUUUGCAGUGUCUAAGCCCUGUAAUAAUGUCCCAAGGAUUUCUAUUUUAAUCUCUAGAAUCUAUGGAUGCUGCAGUAAGUGGCAAAAGAGCCAUUGGAGAUGUGAAUAAGGAUCUCAAGAUGAAAGGUUACUUUUGGAUGGUCAGGGUGGUCCUAGUACUAGUCGUAAGUACAAAUGUCCUUAUAAAAUGGGAGAGAGGAGGGCAUAAAUUGACUACAGAAGAGGAAAUGAUUGUGUAAUGGUGACUCAGUAAUUGGAGUGAUAUCCCUUGAAAAUGGAUCAAAUGGUCAUGAGCCAAGAGAUAUAAAGGCCACUAGAAGCUGAGAAGGGCAAUGAAAUUAAUUUUUCUCAGUGCCUCCAGAAACCCACCACACUGCUACUUGAUUUUAUCCUCAUGAGAUUUAUUUCUGACUUCAGAGUUCUACAAAUUGAAUAAAUGUGUGUUGUUUGAA